AUGAACCUUAGUGACAAUGCACGCGUACUGUUGAUGAAGACAACCAAGGUUUCCGAGCUAGAGCGCGAACGAACCGCUCGACGCAAGGUUUUAACGCUCGAGCACAAUGACACGUUAGGCUCGGCGCUCGAAACACUCAAGAAACAUAACAUUCUUUCAGCGCCGGUCGUGAUCACCGCCGACGCCUUGGACACGCAUUUACCGGAUGUCGACACAAACGAUGCGCCACUGGACACGCUCGUUGGAUUCUUCGACGUUCGAGACGCUGUUGCUGCGCUCAUGGGUGCAGUGAGCUCUUCGCCUGAGGUUGACGAGAAUCAUGAGCACUCCAUGUUGUUCUGGAUGCGAGCGAUCGAGCGGGUCGAGAAAGAGAUCGUGGACACCCCUUUAAUCAAGAUUGUUGGUUACGACUCCGAAUUAAUGUACACUCCGAACGCAAGCGCGACGUCUGUGUACGAUUUGAUUGUGCAAGGCUUUUUUGGCGGCGGCGAGCGAUCGAUAGUUCACCGCGUCGUUCUCUUCGAGGCGAACGGUUCACUUUCGCGGAUGGUGAGUCAAACGGACGUUGUAGAGUGGUUGGCAGUUCACGACUGUAAGUUACCGCACUCACUGGAGACGAGAACAAUUCGAGAGCUCGGAUUUGGCUCUGAUCGACGACGAGCAGAUUUCGUGCAAGUUGACGCGAGGGCGCCGACGAUUGAAUGCUUUCGAACGCUAAGCAAAUGCAACGUUUCCGGUGCCGCUGUUGUCGACGGGAAUGGGCGCGUAAUCGGCGACAUCACCAGUGCCGAUCUCAGAUCGCUGACGCGCGAGCACUUUAGCGUCGUGGGAUUGCCCGUCGCUGAAUUCAUCGCCUUGAUGCACGGCACAUCUUACGCAGGAUACGCCGUGGGCGACGAAACGCGCAAGUUCAAAUCUGCAUUUUUCGAAAAGUCUCGAUCAUUCAAGCGUGAGCGACUCGCGAUUGACCCAAGAAGAGCCCAUGAACUCGGAAAAGAUGACGAUCGCGCUGGCGUGUUCACCGUCACGCUUGACGACGAAUUUCGAUACGAUUGGUUCUCGAAACUCAACAAGCAGCGCGUGUACGUCGUCGAAGAAACCGGUGAAAUUCCUAUCGAUGUCAUUACGCUCACCGACGUGCUCGAGUGUGCGACAUUUGGUCGCGUGAAAGUGGGUGAACAUAGACAUCGAUGA